UUCAAGUGCAACCGGAUGGAGUUUUAUUUCUGGAACUUUAGGAAGCAUAAUGGACUUGUACCGAGUGAACUGGUUCCUUCGCUUAUGAGCAACCUGCUGAACCCAGACGCCAUUUUCUCCAACAAUGAGAUGAGCCUCUCGGACAUCGAGAUCUACGGCUUCGACUACGAUUACACGCUGGUGUUCUACUCAAAGCACCUGCACACGCUGAUCUUCAACGCGGCCCGGGACCUGCUCAUCAACGAGCACCGGUACCCCGCAGAAAUCAGGAAGUACGAGUACGACCCCAGCUUCGCCAUUCGCGGGCUCCACUACGACGUGCACCGGGCAGUGUUGAUGAAGAUCGAUGCUUUUCAUUACAUCCAGCUGGGAACCGUGUACAGAGGCCUCAGCGUGGUCCCCGAUGAGGAGGUCAUCGAGAUGUACGAGGGCUCGCACGUGCCCUUGGAGCAGAUGAGCGACUUCUACGGAAAGAGUUCCCAUGGCAACACCAUGAAGCAGUUCAUGGACAUCUUCUCCCUACCGGAGAUGACGCUGCUGUCGUGUGUGAACGAGCACUUCCUGAGGAACAACAUCGACUACGAGCCUGUGCACCUGUACAAGGACGUCAAGGACUCCAUCCGGGACGUGCACACCAAAGGGAUCAUGUACCGAGCCAUUGAGGCGGACAUCGAGAAGUACAUCUGCUACGCGGAGCAGACCCGCGCGGUGCUGGCCAAGCUGGCCGACCAUGGCAAGAAGAUGUUCCUCGUCACCAACAGCCCCAGCAGCUUCGUGGACAAAGGGAUGAGGUACAUCGUCGGGAAGGACUGGAGGGACCUGUUUGAUGUGGUCAUCGUGCAGGCCGAGAAGCCCAACUUCUUCAACGAUAAGCGGAGACCUUUCCGAAAGGUGAAUGAGAAGGGCGUCUUGCUCUGGGACAGAAUCCACAAGUUGCAGAAAGGCCAGAUUUACAAGCAGGGCAAUUUAUAUGAAUUUUUGAAGCUCACUGGCUGGAGAGGCUCCAAGGUGCUGUACUUCGGUGACCACAUCUACAGCGACCUGGCGGACCUGACCCUGAAGCACGGCUGGCGGACGGGCGCCAUCAUCCCCGAGCUGCGGUCGGAGCUGAAGAUCAUGAACACGGAGCAGUACGUGCAGACCAUGGCCUGGCUGCAGACCUUGACCGGGCUCUUGGAGCAGAUGCAGGUUCACAGGGACCCGGAGUCGCAGCUGGUUCUGCAGGAGUGGAAGAAGGAGAGGAAGGAGGUGAGAGAAAUGACCAAAAACUUCUUCAACGCGCAGUUUGGCAGCUUGUUCCGCACGGACCAGAACCCCACCUACUUCCUGCGGCGCCUGUCGCGCUUCGCGGACGUCUACAUGGCGUCCCUGAGCUGCCUGCUGCACUACGACGUGCACCACACCUUCUACCCGCGCAGGACCCCGCUGCAGCACGAGCUGCCCGCCUGGGCCGACCGG